UACUAAAAUCUUAUUGAAGGUUUCCAUUUUCUCCGAGUUUUCUUUGUUUGCAAUCUGAAGAAAGAAAAAUCAAAUGAAGAAGUUAGCGAGAAAAUGGCGGAGAACUCGUCGCGAAGAAGAUGAUGAUAAGUUCCUACUUCCUACUUCUGACGACGUCGAUUCUCGGCCUAUCGAUACGCAAGAGCAAGAGGAGUACGUUCGGUCGCUCGAGGAAGCUCAUGCUCAGCAAAGUCGGCAAUGGAGGAGUGUGUUCGUGAUUCUUCUGAUCUGUUAUGGAGCUUUCCUUUUCUACUCCAUUUUCCAGCAGUUCAUUUCUCCAUGGGAAUUGCGGUAUCAUGCCUAUUUCAUGGAAGAUCUCAAGUCAUGGAUGGUCAUUUUAGCUGAGUGGAUCGCUAUUAUGGCUUGCUCCCUCUCCAUUGUCGGUCUACGAGAUAAGAAGAAUGAUCAUAGAAGAUGGUUCUGGUACUCAUGUGUUGUUGGAUCUGCAUUGACCAUCUUUUGGCUUUACUACUUGCUGAGGCUUCCAAAGUUCCGGUGGGAUGCUAUAUGGCUUCCGUUUGGACCUCUUUGUGGAGCUGGAACUUGUCUAUAUGUGGACCAUCUACUAGAGGAAUCAUCUGAAGAAGUGAAAAAACUUAGGAACUAUAUGUAUGCAUACAAAGCAAGGUAAUAAAAUGUCAUCCCAGUAUUCUUCAGAGUAAGUCUGUCAUAGCAAGCCAAGAGUGCAAGUUUUGAGUUUUGACUCUGUCAUCCCCUAAAGAGCAUUCUUCAUUUGUUUGUAAAUAGAAUCAAAACUUUCAAGUUCUGCAUGAACAGCAAUAAGAUCCACUUUGUAUAAAGAAAGACUCAUGAUUAACUCAAACCAGAUUCCAGGUCACA